AUGAAUGUUAUAGGAUGUAAAUGGGUUUUUAAAUCCAAGCUUUGUGCUGAUGGUUCUUUAGAACGUCUUAAGGCUCGGCUUGUGGCAAAGGGAUUCAAGCAACGCGAAGGUGUUGAUUUUCUUGAGACAUUCAGUCCAGUUGUUAAGCUUAGAUCCAUUUGUGUUUCAAGUUCUUCUAUGUUUGUUUAUCAUCGUCAUGGUCGAGUUCUCGUUUUAUUACUCUAUGUUGAUGAUAUAGUGCUCACCGAGAACGAUUUGCAUUUUCUAGACUCGUUUAUUACUGUACUCAGUUCCACCUUUGUCAUGAAAGAUCUUGGCUCUUUACACUAUUUCCUUGGUAUAGAGGUCACUUCAACGCCUCAGGGGCUGCAUCUAUCUCAGUCUAAAUAUGCCUUGGAUAUCCUUCAACGUGCUCAUAUGAUCGACAUCAAGUCUACCUCCACUCCUAUGGUGCUUCAUUCUGAUCUGAUUGUUACUACACCCUUUGCCGAUGUUACUCUAUUCCGUAGUCUUGUGGGCACUUUGCAGUAUCUAACCAUGACAAGACCACAUAUCUCUUAUGCCGUUUAUUCGGUUUGUCAACAUAUGCAUGCUCCUACCUAUGCUUAUUUUGCUAUGGUCAAGUGCAUCCUUCAGUAUGUUCGUGGCACUUUGGACCUUGGAUUACGAAUUGUUCACGAUAGUUCUCUCACCUUGUUUGCAUUUUCUGAUUUGGAUUGGGCUGGGUGUCCUGUUACACGACGGUCUACUACUGGUUUUUGUACUUUCCUUGAGUGCCAAGAAACAACCUACAGUUGCUCACUCUAG